AUGUUGUCCCAAGUCGUUGUCCUUCUUGCUCUUGUUUCCAUUGCCACCGUUUCAGCUGGGUACGGGGCUAUAGGCCUACCCCUUAUUCCCAUCAAUCCAUUAUUCGGGGGACUUGGCAUGUAUGGAGGACUUGGUGGAUUCGGUGGAUUUGGUGGACUUGGUGGACUCGGAGGAUUUGGUGGACUUGGUGGACUCGGAGGAUUUGGAUUUGGUGGCUUCGCACCAAUCGGUGGAUUUGGCGAAUUUGGGCCAUUUGGUGGAAUUGGUGGUUUUGGAGGAGCUGGUUUUGGAUUAGAACCAUAUGGUGGACUAGGAUUGGGCCUUCUUGGCUCUAACUAUGGUGUUGGGAGUGGGUUCGAGGCCACUUUUGGUAUACAAUAA